CGAAUUGAAUUUCUAUCGUGACAUGUUUGACAAAAAUAAAUGACUUCUAGAAGAAAAACUAAAAAUAAGUGCCUACAUAAUAGACACUAAAUUAAGCAUUUUCUUAAUUCAUACUAGGUGACAAAAGCGUACUGCCUAAAACUUAUUCAGCUACGAUGAACAAAUAUCACGCCAUCAUUGUACUAUCAGAUGCAAAAGUGCAUGGCGAAUUUAUCAAUUGAAUUCAUUCACAAUUUCUGCAUCAAUAAUAUUCAACAGUUGACAGGCCAGACAUGACCAUCUUUAGUUGAUAACAAUGAUAACCAAACCAACUAUGAACCACAUGCGAAUGGUGUCAAAUGACAGACGAUAACAUCAGGGGCGUUACUGUAUCAAGUUCUAUUCGGCUCAGUGUUGAAACUGACACGGCCAAACCAUGUUCUCGGAAAGAGUCCUACUAAUAUUCCUCGCCAUACUUUAUCCCACGUUUGCACAAGAUUGCGUGAUGUUGGUAACAAAAGAAGACGCAUGGGACAAGAAACUACACAUGGAUAAAAUGAAAGACUAUCACUUCAGACAGCCGCCGAAAAACCAGUCUUGUGUUCCAGUCAAAGUGCAUUUCCAAUUAAAGACAUUCGCUUUUGAUGAAUAUGCAGACAGGUUCACAGCUAAAAUGUGGACUCGGAUGAUCUGGAGAGACGAACGCCUCAUCUGGUCGCCAGAAGACUACGGAGGAAUAAAAAAAAUGAUCGUGCUCCCAACGGAUAUUUGGACGCCUUCUUUAAAGCUUCUUAACAGCGUCGAACCGGACUACUUUUCUAUGGAAAUAGAAGAAUGCGUCGUCCAAAAUAACGGAGAAGUUAUGUGUGUUCCGGAACUAAUUUAUGAAUCAUUUUGCAUUGCUAAAUUAAGAGAUUGGCCGUUCGACGUUCAGAAUUGUACCCUCCAGUUCGGAGAUGGUGAGAGACUUACUACUUCCCGAUUUAGUUUUAAAGGAAAAGCUAUGUCGCUUGGUCUUGCAGAAUAUGGUAAUGGUUGGUACAUAAUGAUGAAUAACUUUAAGGAAAACCCGAAUUCAGACGUACAGUUGUCCAUUACAUUGACAAUGGAGAGACAAGCGUCUGGUAUAAUUGUUGUAUUGACAGGUCCCUGUUUCGUCCUUUCUAUAUUGAAUAUAACAUCUAUUCUAUUGACUGUAAAUGAUUAUAUCCGCUUGGGAUUUUCGUGUUUUAGUCUAAUAGGUCAUUUUACAUUCUUGUUUUUUAUUGACGAGUUUUUACCAAAGCACAGUGGUGACACCCCUGUCAUUUUAUUCUUCAUCCGUGAUUCAAUAAUCUUGACAAUAACUUCAGUGCUUUUCACUCUUGUUUUAAGCAAAAUUGUUAAAAGAAAAACUGUGCCGUUUGAUUGGGUAUCUUUAGUAUCAAAUAAAGUAUUUUUUAGCUUUGGUCGAUACUUGAUUUUACCAAGAUGGAGAGUAGAUCCUGAUGCUAAAGAUACUAAUAAUGUAAACAAUAAAGAGAUUUGGAUGAACGUGGCUAAUAUUUUGAACAGUGCUUAUCUAGUUGUAGUCAUUAUUGUAUAUAUAAUUUUGUUUAAUGCUUACAUGCCUAAACAACCACCGGCUGAAUAUUGAUUGUAAAAUGACAAUAAAAUUAUUUGCACUUCAA